AACGGUACAGAGACCGGUUCAUCGUGGUUAUUUUGUAUCAUAUCAUUUUGAAUAUAGGGUCCACAGACGACAUUUUUGCGUGCGACGUUCUUGGCAAUGUUAUGCAAUACGCCCCCAGUUUAUCCAAAGGGCGUUUCAUCUCUGGGAGUAUAAAGCAGCAUGAGCAGUAGAAGAGGACAGACAUUGCAAAUCUCGGCUGGGAGCUGACGAUCGGGCAACAUGUUUGCCAGUCAGGAGAAAGUUCAAGGGAGACCGAUAAGGCUUAUCGCCGCUGCGUGCAAAAACAUGGGGAUCGGCAAAAACGGGCGGCUUCCAUGGACCUUACCGAUGGAGUUCCAGUACUUACUGGACAAAAUCUCUAGUGUUUCCAGGCCAGGUAAGAAGAACCUGCUGGUGUGGGGGAGAAUCUGCUGGUUCUCCACCCCUGAGAACCUGCACCCCAUUGAUAACGCUGUCAAUGUGGUUCUGAGCAAAACAAUCAGCACCUUACCCAAGCACGCACACCACCUCUGUAGCGACUUUGAGAGCGCAGUCGUCCUGGCCACCAUCCCGCCUCUUAAUCAGGUGGUAGAGACCAUCUGGAUCUUAGGUGGGGUUGAGAUUUACAAGAAAGCGCUGGCGCAUCCCUGGUGUGACCUGAUCUACCUCACCGACAUCAUGGCCGACUUCGACUGUGAUACUUUCUUCCCAGGGUUUGACCGGAGUGUUUACAGACUGCAAGACCGUUUUCCAGGUGUGCCUGAUGAGUGUCAGCAGGAAUGCGGCAUCAGAUACAAAUUCCAAGUUUUCAAGAAGGAGUUGGGCUACAGAUGAAAGCAGGAAGUGGAUAGUAAUGGACUGCGGACCAGUGUACAGCCAGGAGAAUACUGUGAAAAGACUAUAAAUGACACUAACGUACAGUAAUAUAAAAACACAGCCUGCCCUGUUUGCCUAUCAUUGGCUAAUUUAAUCGUAGCUUUCCUGAGAUUAAUAUUGUGUGGUGAAGCAAUUAACAUGUGUAUGUGAGUGAAACAAUUAAAAGCUGAAACAUACUGUGUAUUUGCUGAGUGUUAAAAGCCAGCUUAUAUUUGUUAUAAAUUAUUAUCAUAAAAGUGUUGUAGAGGUUCUUA